AGCACUGAGUCGGCAACAGUGGCAGCGCGACAGUGUUUUUUUGACAUUUGACGGUUGUUUUUUUUAUCAAUUGCCUGUGAAAAUUAUAAAAAAAACAAAAUCCGAUACCCCGAGGAACAGGAAAGGAGUUGGUCGAUUUGCGUUAACGUACAUAGCCAAACUCAGUCAAUAAACAUUUUUAAAUUGUAUCCUAGUGUUAAUUCGAAAAUGGCUUUAUCUGUUAUGCUGCGCAAUGCCGCGAAAUUGAAUGCCAUUGGACUUGCAAAGACCACUGCCCAUCUGUCAUUGCCCAUUAAGACGUUGACCACAAAGAGUGCUUUCUCUGCUGGAAGCUUAAAAACGUUGACAUUCUUCAAGAAUGCACAGACUUUACAAAGGAGCUUUUCCCUAAGCGCGGCCAAGAUGGCUGCAGCCAAGGGUAAUCACACGCCAUUAUGGACUGCGGAACGUUUGAUCUCCCUCGCUCUUUUGGGUGUUGUGCCCGGAGCCUUUAUUUAUCCCUCGCAGACACUUGAUGCUCUUCUAGCAAUCUCCGUGGUUCUUCAUUCUCAUUGGGGCGUGGAAGCUAUAAUCACAGAUUACGCACGGCCGCAAGUAGUUGGACCAUUGUUGCCAAAGGUUGCUCAUGGAGCUCUGAUUGUGUUGUCUAUAGCUACUCUUGGUGGUCUUUUCUACAUUAUUCAAAAUGAUGUCGGUAUUGCCAAUUCUGUUAAACAGUUGUGGAAGAUUAGGGGAGCUGGAUCUGAACCAAUUGCUAAAGAAGAUGUGGAAGAUUCCUGCACCGACGAAUGAAAAGAAUUUCUAUAGAAGAGAAAAAGAAAAUAAAGCAUUAUGAAUUUCACCGAAAUCAAUUAAUUAUGAAAAGGGCAAUGGAUUGAAUCAUAAAAACCUGUUUCAUGUGAAAUAGUUUGUUGUUUGUGAAUGUUAA